UUCUCUCUUCUUCAUAAAAACAUAACGACCGAAUGUCAAUGUGACAAAAUGCCAAAAUAAAACUUUGGACACCAUGCUAAGCAGGGGUGGGCGCAAGAGAAAAUUCAAAAAACGCAACGCAAGGCCAAAGAUCAACGCAAAAAUUGGAAAUUUUUUAUCAAGUAUUAGCCAUAUUCAAAUAAAAAUCGAAUUAUCGAUAAAUACGUGUCGGGACAGAACAUGGAAAGGAUACGACACAGAACGACAAAACACGGUCGGACAGAUGUUUGUCGUUCCAUGUUUUGUCGUUUCAUGUUCUGUCCGUUUCGUGUUUUGGCGUUCCUUGUUCUGCCCCUCACCCGAUAAAUAUCAGCGAAUCCUACUCGGAUCUGCGAUACAUAUAAGGGUUGGAUGGAUCUGGAGUCAUAUCGGGAAUACAGGGGAAUUGCGGGGAUAUCAGUGGAUCACGUUGGACUAAGAGGAUUUGCAGGAAGGGAUUUGUGCUCCAGUUCCGAGCCGAAGUUUUCUGAGCCGCUCCAUAAUAAUAUCAGUAUUCAGAUCAAGGCUUCCUCCUUUUUGCGCCGUAAGCGAAAAUUUUGAGAAUUUUGGAGAAAAUAAAUACAAUUUUUGUACUCAGAUUAUGU